GCGUUGUAUUUAUUCGAAGCAAAGUUUAGAAUGUUUUCUAAGGGCGGUGGAAUGCGUUUCGGUGGUGAAGUGAAGCGUACAGUGCCUGAUCCGAAAGAUCACAAAGAUGGCCAUUACUCAAUCAUUGGGGCUAGAAUUCUACGUCCAAACUCCGUGUACCGGUGUGUGGUGUCAACUUUCGAUACAAAGGUAGCGAUUGUGUUUCGCAUCUCGAUCGCUGCGAAAGACAAACCAAUUGCAACGGAAGAGAUCACACUGAACAGCAAUGAGUCACGCUUGAUUAGCUUUACGAUUGACAGUAUUCCCGAGGAAGAGUAUGAGCUGGUUGCGGAAGGUCUUUCCGGUUUGGAAUUUAAAACAAAGAGCCGUUUGGACUUUGAUAACAAAUUUUGUUCGGUGUUGAUUCAGACUGAUAAGUCGGUGUACAAACCGGGCGAUACGGUUCGAUACCGGGUGCUGGUGCUGGACCGGUGCAUGAAGCCGCUACCGGCGGGAGACAGCGGGAUGAUGGUUUACAUACGCGACGGCAAGGGCAACCGGAUCAAGCAGUGGAGCAACGCGUCGCUCGGUGAGUGCGGAGUGUUCCAAGCGGAACUCACACUUUCGACCGAGCCGGUGCUGGGCGAGUGGACCAUCAAUGUGGAGGUGGUUGGAUUGAAAGAGUCCAAAACGUUCGAUGUGGAUGAGUACGUACUUCCCACGUACGAGGUGACGGUGGAAUCCCCAGGCUACACGUUCCUCGACGAUGAGCUGCUAAAGGUAGUCGUCAACUCGAAGUACACCUACGGAAAGCCGGUGGCUGGAGAAUUGACCGUUUCCGUAAAGCUCGCCUCCUCAAUGUGCUUCAGACGCGAGCCAACUGAAACCAGCAUCUGCCAGAAGGUGUUACCGAUCGAUGGCAAGACGGAUGUCGAAUUCAACCUGAAAGAGAUCCUUUCUAGCAAAACGUACAUUCGGGAGCUUACGAUCGAGGCGGAGGUUUGCGAAACACUGACCGGGCGCACUCAAAAAGGUUCUACCACGGUACAGUUGCACGACGAACGCUAUCAAGUGCGUAUGAUUGAAGAGUCGAGCUAUUUCCCAGGACUACCGUACAAUGCCUGGAUACAGGUGACGAACCUUGACGGUAGUCCAGUGCAGGACGGGGCAAAGGAGGUUGAGAUAGUGUUGAGGAAUUAUAACAUCGAUUUGCAUAAGCAGUCCUCUACGCUUGAUGAUAAAGGAAUGGCACAGCUGAAUGUAAAGCUGGACGAGCUAGACUUUGAUUAUGUCAGCGUGGAGGUGAAAUACCGUGGGAAGGAUUAUUAUGUGCAAGGCAUCACGAAACCUCGAGAUUACGAGGAAGCAUUGAUGAGAGUGCGGCUUUCGGAGAAAGAACCAACAGCUGGGAAGGACCUAACCUUUGAUGUCGCAUGCACAAAACCACUACAAUGUGUGUCCUAUUCUUUGCUGGCACGGGGAGAGCUGCUGGCAGGUGGAGCAGUAAAGGGCAGCGAGGCGAGCACAACAAUCAGUAUUACUAUACCUUCUACAUUUGCCAUGGUGCCUCGGGCAAAGCUGCUGGUACAUUACAUCUCCAGUGCAGGCUACAUCGUGAGCAGCUAUGACACCGUUGAGUUUAAGCGGGUGUUUGAAAAUCAGAUACAAUUGACUCUUUCAAAGGAUGAGUUGAAACCGGUAGAAACGCUAGACAUCGAUAUACGGACGGAGAAAGACUCUUUCGUUGGUCUGCUUGCGGUCGAUCAGAGCGUGCUGCUUCUAAAGUCUGGCAAUGACAUCAGCCGCGAUGAGGUGGUGCAGCAGUUGGAAAUGUAUGAGUCGGCACAGAAUUAUCACUGGGAUGCUUAUAGUACAUCAGACUGUCAGUCCGUUGGAGCUGUUCUUCUUUCCAAUAGGUUCAUUCCACGAGAUAUAUUUCCACAAGCUCGACUUUUUGCCUGCAGCACAAGUGCCGGGGGAUUUGGAGCUGCUCCAAUGAUGGCAGCAUGCAAGAUGAAAGGAGUGAUAAUGGAAAGUGAAAUGGCUACGGCGCCUGUUAAUGAACCCACUGUUCGCUCCAAGUUUCCCGAAACGUGGAUAUGGGAGAGUAUUUCGAAAUGCAAAGAAAUGGAGAGCAUUAGAAAAAUCGUCCCAGACACGAUAACGUCCUGGAUCAUUACCGGAUUUUCACUGAGCAAGAGCCACGGUCUGGGGCUGGUGGACAACCCAUCGAAAGUGAACGUAUUUAUGCCCUUUUUCCUAUCGAUCGAUCUGCCGUAUUCGGUAAAGCUGGGAGAAACUAUCCGUAUACCUGUGGUAGUAUUCAAUUACAUGGAUGAAGAUCAACUGGCGGAUGUGAUCUUCUAUAAUAAUGAUGACGAGUUCGAAUUUGUUUCUGAUACUAAGGAUCAAAAAGAAAAACAUCGCCAAGAACAAAUAACAGUACCACGCGGUACAGGCAAAACGCUUACCUUCGUACUAAAACCAACCAAGGUGGGACAUGUCACGCUGAAGAUUACUGCCAAGUGUGCCCUGGCCGGGGAUGGCAUCGAGCGCCAACUGCUCGUUGAACCGGAAGGUCUACCGCAGUACAUCAACAAGGCGCUUCUCGUCGAUCUACGCUUAGUGAAAGAGAUCAAACAACCGUUUGAAGUGGAAAUUCCAGUCGAUGCCGUUCCCGACUCGACCAACGUAGAAGUGUCCGUAAUUGGCGAUGUGCUGGGAUCAUCGAUCGAGAAUCUUGACUCGCUGAUACGCAUGCCGUUCGGGUGUGGUGAGCAGAAUAUGCUCAACUUUGUCCCGUGUAUCGUAGUGUUGGAUUAUCUGAAAGCUUGCAAGCGUCUGACGGUGGAAAUUGAGAGCAAAGCGAAGCGGUGCAUGGAGAUAGGCUAUCAGCGAGAGCUGACCUACAAGCACCAGGACGGUUCAUUCAGCGCGUUCGGCGAGAGUGAUAAGAGCGGCAGCACCUGGCUGACAGCGUUUGUGGCGAAAUCGUUCCAACAGGCAGCGAAGCAUAUGACCAUUGAGGAGGAUGUGAUUGAUAGUGCGCUCGGGUGGCUCAGUAAGGUUCAGACAGCCGAUGGAGCUUUCCCGGAAGUUGGAACGAUUUGCCACAAGGAUAUGCAAGGAGGUGCAGGGUCAGGGAUCGCUUUGACCGCAUACACCGUUAUUGCCUUCUUGGAGAAUCCGAAGCUGGGGGAGAAGUACAAAGCAUCGGUUGAUAAGGCUCUGACGUACGUGAAGGAACACAUCAGCGAGCUAGAUGAUGUGUAUGCACACGCCUUAGCUGCAUACGCACUGCAAAUUGCUGAUCAUCCACUUAAAAACGAAGUGUACGCUAGUCUGCUAUCAAAAUCGAAUAAGCAAGGCGACAUCCAAUGGUGGAGCAAAGAGAUUCCAGAGAAGAACGAUUCCAACUGUUGUUGGUGGUACCGGCCAUGUUCGGUCAACGUGGAGAUGAGUGCAUACGGGCUAUUGGCAACACUGGAAGCAUCCAGCGCUGGACUGGAAGGUUUACCGAUCAUGAAGUGGUUGGUUUCCCAGCGCAACGAUAAGGGUGGGUUCGAGUCAACGCAGGACACAGUCGUUGGCUUGCAGGCUCUUUCGAAGAUGGCUGCUCAACUCUCCUCCUCCGAGGCGGACAUGUCCCUCAAGGUGAUCAUCACGGGCGAACAGGAGAAGUGUCUACAGGUUAAUGGGGGGAAUAUUUUGGUGCUGCAAAAGCAUGAGCUUGCUGCAAACACGCGAAAGCUUGAGAUGAUCGCUACCGGUACGGGUUGUGCAUUGUUCCAGCUGUCGUACAAGUAUAACAUAAAGGAUGUGGAUAACAGUCCUCGUUUUACGCUUAAGCCCGAAGCGAAGCAAGGAUCGAUCAAGAGCUGCAUCGAUCUGUCCAUUACUACGAGCUUUAUUCCGAAGGAGGAUCAAGCCGUUUCUAACAUGGCCGUUAUGGAGGUGGACAUGCCGAGUGGGUUCAUCGUUGAGAGUGACACACUGAAGCAGCUCAAGCAACAUGAGAUGGUUAAGAAAGUGGAAACAAAACGCAGCGACACAACGGUGGUACUGUACUUUGACAACAUUGGAGAGGAAGCUGUGCAUCUUCAAAUGUCCGCGUUCCAGAAGCAUGAGGUGGAGAACGCUAAACCGGCAAAUGUGAUCAUAUACGAUUACUACGACAAUACUCGCUGUGCUCGAUCGUUCUACGAGAUCGCUGUUUAAUCAGCUGGAAGUGCCUACCGAACAGGAAACCCGCCAUCUCGGGAAGAUGUAUUAAUGUCGUGUUAUUGGAAAAUAAAUUGUUACACCAAUUUAAAUACAAACGCACAAUAAAAAAGCGCUUCUAACAACAAUGCAAAAA